AUGGAUAAUCCCCAGUCCGAGGACAUGAACAGCACCGAGUUGAACGUCACGUGCUGUCAUCUCGGAAUUACGCGAGGUCAGCACCUCCCCUACAAGCUGCAUGGAGCCACAGUCUUGUCGUUGAGAACGUAUGCUGACAAAGCACCAAUUGAUGCUGAUGUCACAGUUGUGGGCUCUGGGCCUGGAGGAUACGUCGCCGCCAUCAAAGCAGCUCAGCUUGGCUUUAAGACAGUAUGUGUGGAAAAGAACACGACCCUCGGAGGAACGUGCUUGAACGUGGGCUGCAUCCCGUCAAAGGCUCUGCUGAACAACUCGUACCUGUAUCACUUGGCACACGGAAACGAUUUCGAAAGCAGAGGCAUUGAAAUUCAGGGGCUCUCAUUGAACCUGGAGAAGAUGAUGGCACAGAAGAGCGGGGCUGUCAAAGCUCUGACCGGAGGAAUCGCACACUUAUUCAAGCAGAACAAAGUAACUCACAUCAAUGGUUUUGGAACGGUAACUGGCAAGAGUCAAGUGACCGCAAAGACUGCUGAUGGAGAACAGGUCAUAAACACUAAGAACAUCCUCAUCGCUACUGGAUCAGAGGUCACCCCCUUCCCAGGCAUUGAGAUUGAUGAAGACACCAUUGUCUCGUCCACCGGCGCUUUGUCCCUCAAGAAGGUUCCAGAGGAGCUCAUCGUGAUUGGAGCUGGAGUCAUUGGCGUAGAGUUGGGGUCCGUAUGGCAGAGGCUUGGUGCCAAAGUCACAGCGGUGGAGUUCCUCGGCCACGUCGGCGGAAUGGGCAUCGACAUGGAGAUCUCCAAGAACUUCCAGCGAAUUCUCCAGAAGCAGGGGUUGAAGUUCAAACUGAGCACCAAGGUCAUGGGCGCCAGCAGGAGACCUGACGGCAAGAUCGAUGUGGCUGUGGAAGCUGCAGCUGGCGGCAAGAGCGAGACGCUCACCUGUGACGUUCUGCUGGUGUGCAUUGGCCGCCGUCCCUUCGCCAGUAACCUCGGCCUUGAGGCUGUCGGUAUAGAACUGGAUAACCGCGGGAGAAUCCCUGUCAAUGGUCGUUUCCAGACCAAAGUGCCCAAUAUCUAUGCCAUCGGAGAUGUUGUAGCUGGACCUAUGUUGGCCCAUAAAGCAGAAGAUGAAGGUAUCAUUUGUGUCGAGGGAAUGGCAGGAGGAGCCGUCCAUAUCGACUACAACUGUGUGCCCUCCGUUAUAUACACACACCCUGAGGUCGCCUGGGUCGGCAAGACCGAGGAACAGCUCAAAGAGGAAGGCGUGCCGUAUAAGGUAGGCAAAUUCCCCUUCGCAGCCAACAGCAGAGCUAAGACGAAUGCUGAUACAGAUGGACUGGUAAAGAUCCUCAGCCACAAGGACACAGACAGGAUGCUGGGAGCACACAUUCUGGGAUCGGGGGCAGGAGAGAUGAUUAAUGAGGCUACAUUAGCUAUGGAAUAUGGAGCAUCAUGUGAGGAUGUUGCAAGAGUGUGUCACGCCCAUCCCACUGUAUCAGAGGCCUUCAGAGAAGCUAACCUUGCUGCUUCGUUUGGAAAAGCUAUCAACUUCUAGAUUUUCUUCAUAUACACUUGUAUAUAAAUAAAGUAUCUUCUGCAUUUAUUUUUUCCCUAACAGUCCACACAAUCUGGAGUUCCUCAGUCUCUGGGCUUUCAGAUGUACCCUUUAUGCAUUCAUCCAGAAUAACUCUGUAAAACACUUCAUCUGUUAUUUAAAUGUCCUAAUAAAGGAGUUUGGGUCUUAUGUUAAUCUUCGCCUGACUGAGAAGAACAUGAUUUGGAUUUUAUAAAUCAGUGUUGUUCACUGUUGGGUUACAUGCAACACAUUUCAUGCUGGUGGUCAUAAUAGUCUGAAAACCAAAGCAAUCAUUUUGACGGUUGGAAAAAUGGACUUUGGCUGUACUGAAAUACACAAGAUGAAUAAAGAGGAACAUCAUUA